AGGUUGUGGCCCAGGUUUGAAGAGGUGCUUUUAGAAGGAAUCGGUAUGGAGCCUGAGGAGUACAGACGGAGAGGGAAAAAAAUUUGCCAGUACCUGAGCAAUGUGAGAGAGAGACGUGUGACACCUGAUGUACAGCCAGGUUACAUGAGAGCCCAGUUGCCGGAUUCUGCCCCAAUGGACCCAGACAGCUGGGACAACAUCUUUGGAGAUAUAGAGAAGAUUAUUAUGCCCGGGGUAGUCCAUUGGCAAAGUCCACACAUGCAUGCCUACUUUCCAGCUCUUACUUCCUGGCCUUCACUCCUUGGAGAUAUGUUGGCUGAUGCAAUUAACUGCUUGGGAUUCACAUGGGCAUCCAGUCCAGCCUGUACAGAACUGGAAAUGAAUGUGAUGGAUUGGUUGGCUAAAAUGCUGGGCCUUCCAGAUAAAUUCCUGCACCACCAUCCUGACAGUGUGGGGGGAGGAGUAUUACAGAGCACGGUGAGUGAAUCAACCUUGGUUGCACUGCUAGCAGCAAGGAAGAACAAAAUUCUGGAGAUGAAGGUUUCUGAGCCAGACACUGAUGAGUCCUCACUCAAUUCUCGCCUCAUCGCUUAUGCAUCUGAUCAAGCACAUUCUUCCGUAGAAAAGGCUGGCUUGAUUUCUCUCGUGAAGAUGAAAUUUCUGCCUGUGGAUGAGAACUUUUCCCUCAGAGGCGAAACCUUGAAGAAAGCAAUUGCAGAAGACAGAAAGAAAGGGCUAGUGCCAGUCUUUGUUUGUGCAACUUUGGGUACAACUGGUGUCUGUGCUUUUGACAAUCUCUCAGAACUAGGUCCAAUUUGUGAUGCUGAGGGACUCUGGCUUCAUAUUGAUGCAGCAUAUGCAGGAACAGCAUUUGUAUGUCCUGAAUUUCGAUUGUUCUUGGAUGGAAUUGAAUAUGCAGAUUCCUUUACUUUUAACCCUUCUAAAUGGAUGAUGGUUCAUUUUGACUGCACUGGAUUUUGGGUUAAGGAUAAAUCCAAGUUACAUCAAACCUUCAGCGUUAACCCUGUCUACCUCAGACAUCCCAACUCAGGAGCUGCUGUUGAUUUCAUGCACUGGCAAAUUCCACUGAGUCGUCGAUUUCGUUCUUUGAAGCUGUGGUUUGUGAUCCGUUCAUUUGGGGUGAAAAAGCUUCAAGCUCAUGUCCGACAUAGCACUGAAACAGCCAAAUUCUUUGAAUCCUUGGUUAUAAGUGAUCCACUCUUUGAAAUUCCUGCCAAGAGACAUCUCGGACUGGUUGUAUUUCGCCUAAAGGGUCCCAACUGGCUGACAGAAAGACUCUUGAAAGAACUAAGCAGUUCUGGCAGGCUCUUCCUUAUUCCAGCAACCAUUUGUGACAAGUUCAUCAUUCGCUUUACCGUAACAUCUCAGUUCACAACCAGGGAAGAUAUUCUGCAAGACUGGAACAUCAUUCAACAGACUGCAGCCCAAAUCAUUAGCCAGAAUUAUGGGUUGCACUGCAUCAAUUCUGGUGAUGGGGCAAGAAUUCCUGAUAUGAUAGUUAAGCCUAGUUCUGAUGCUAUUAGUAAUGCUUCUCAGCUUUAUCUAGAUGGAGGAAAAUACCAAACACCUUCCAGAAAAAUAGUAGUUCAGCCUAAGAAGUUAGCAGUGAGUCCCAGUACGUGCGUGAUUAGUCAACAAGUGAAAGGUCAAGGGGAUCCUCUAGAUGACUGUUUUCCAGAAGAUGUUACCAAACAUAAGUUAACCUCUUUUUUAUUCAGUUACUUAUCUGUUCAAGGCAAGAAAAAGACAGCACGUUCCCUUAGUUGCAACAGUGUGCCAGUAACUGGUAGUCUUGAGCAAUGUAACCCCAAAGCAGCAGCCACUGACAAGAAGGAGUCUCAUGCAAAUGCCAGAAUUCUUUCCAGGCUGCCUGAAGAGGUGAUGAUGUUCAAAAAAAGGGCCUUCAAAAAAUUAAUUAAGUUCUACAGUGUACCAAGCUUUCCGGAGUGUAGCAUUCAGUGUGGUCUUCAGCUGCCUUGUUGUCCUCUGCAAGCCAUUGUUUAACAAAUAAAAGAGACUGGUCCUUAAGACCUCUCCAGGUAGAAAGAGAACCAAAGUUUGCUUAUUCAUAUGCAAUACUACAUGUUAUUUUGUUCAAUAUGUAAGCAGUGGUGAUGACCACUGAGAAAAUUCUGUGCUUUUACUGGUGGAAACCUUGUGCAUUUAUAGAUUAAAAUGUCAAAUAAAUCUUGCAGGCAUAUAACAU